UGCUUAUUUCAGUUGCGAUCGCGGCGCGAGCGAGUCAAGUCGAAAAAUUUGAGAAGCGGGAAUUUGGCGUCGAGCACACGGGUGGAAAAUUUCUCUCACCGGACUAGACGGUGGUGGAAUUGAAUUGAGAACGAAAACGUUAACCCAAGCGGGAGAACAGGGCAGCAGGGGCUGCAUUAUUGCUGUCAGUGCCAAAGUUUACAAAGAAUACACACACAGCACAGUGGUUGCAUUUUGCGUUUUUAAUCCCGACUGGUUGCACGAUAAUCAAGAUGACUAAAAACGAUAAUGCGAAUCUGUUGAACGACAACAGACUGGGCACCGCCGGAGCGGCCCAGCUAAAGGCCCAGAUUGUGCCCGCCCAGCCGAAGACUCUACAGCAUCUCCCUAAAAGGCCGGCAGUAGACCUGGCUUUUCACAACCUGACGUACCGCGUCAAAGAAGGAAACCGAAGCAAUGCCAAGACAAUUCUGAAGGGCGUCAGUGGACGCCUCCGGUCGGGAGAGCUCACCGCCAUAAUGGGACCAUCGGGCGCUGGCAAGAGUACGCUUCUCAACAUUUUGUCGGGCUACAAAACAUCGAGCAUCGAAGGAAGCGUCACCAUGAACGGCGCCGAGCGCAACCUCAGCGCUUUCCGCAAACUGUCUGCCUACAUUAUGCAGGACAAUCAGCUGCACGGAAACCUAACCGUUCAGGAAGCCAUGACUGUGGCCACAAAUCUGAAGCUCAGCAAGAAGUUCUCAAAGCCUGAGAAGCAUUCAAUGAUCGAUGACAUCUUGUUGACACUUAGCCUAAGCGAGCACCGCUAUACGAUGACUCGGAAUCUGUCCGGCGGUCAGAAAAAGCGCCUUUCGAUUGCCCUGGAACUGGUCAGCAAUCCACCCAUAAUGUUCUUUGACGAACCCACCUCCGGUCUGGACAGUUCCACUUGUUUCCAGUGCAUCCAUCUGCUGAAGAUGCUGGCCGCCGGCGGUCGCACUGUUAUCUGCACCAUCCAUCAACCUUCCGCUCGCCUUUUUGAAAUGUUUGACCAGCUUUACACUCUAGCUGACGGUCAGUGCGUCUAUCAGGGCAGCACAAAGCAACUGGUACCCUUUUUGUCUACUCUAAACCUCGAAUGCCCCAGUUACCACAAUCCGGCGAGCUACGUGAUUGAGGUGUCUUGCGGGGAGCAUGGCGACCACACUCGCAAACUGGUCGACGCCAUUGAUAAUGGCAAACGGGAUAUUCGCUCGUCGGCGGACUACGCUGGCCUAAAAGCUCGCAAUGAUCUCGUGAAGGUUCAAAACCUUAAGGCCAUUUUGGACAAAAAUGACGCCUCCAACGUCAGUGGCAGCAAGUACGACGACAACCUGACCUUGAACAACGGUUUGCUCAAUGGGAUGGUUAACGAUAUUGUAAAGGAGGGCGCUAACUCUGCUUUAGUCACCACCAAUGAAAAGGGAGAUGCUAUGAUCGAUGUGGAAAAGUCUGUCAACUGCACCACAGGCUUGCUUACAGAAGAGAUCACAUCACCGGAGCGUUACCCCACAUCGCAGUUUCACCAGUUCUGGGUUGUUCUUAAGCGAACUCUACUGUUCAGUUAUCGCGAUUGGACUCUUAUGUAUCUGCGUUUAUUUGCUCAUCUUUUGGUUGGAUUCUUAAUCGGCGCCCUCUACUAUGACAUCGGAAAUGAUGGAGCUAAAGUUCUGAGCAACCUGGGUUUCCUUUUCUUCAACAUGCUUUUCCUGAUGUACACGUCAAUGACCAUUACAAUUCUGUCAUUCCCGCUUGAGAUGCCCGUUUUAUUAAAGGAAAACUUUAACCGCUGGUACUCGUUAAAGUCCUACUAUCUAGCUAUAUCAGUGGCCGAUCUACCGUUUCAAGCAAUUUUCUGCGUCAUUUACGUGUCGAUCGUCUAUUACUUUACCUCACAGCCUUGGGAGCUGUUUCGCUUUUCGAUGUUCUUGUCGGCCUGCCUGCUCAUAUCGUUCGUGGCUCAGUCAGUGGGCCUAGUGGUCGGUGCUGCAAUGAAUGUGCAGAACGGUGUCUUCCUGGCACCGGUCAUGUCCGUUCCCUUCCUGCUGUUCUCCGGCUUCUUUGUCUCAUUCGACGCUAUUCCAGUAUACUUGAGGUGGAUUACAUAUUUGUCGUACAUCCGAUACGGAUUCGAGGGCACUGCCCUUGCCACCUAUGGAUACGGUCGUGAAAAGCUUAGGUGCUUCCAGACCUAUUGUCACUUCAAAUCACCAACUACAACGCUGGAGGAACUGGACAUGGUAAAUGCCAACUUUACUCUGGACAUUGUGGCCUUGAUUGUGAUUUUCGUUGUGCUGCGCAUUUCGGCGUAUCUGUUCUUGCGCUGGAAGCUGAAGACUGUGCGCUAAACAUAAUACCGCUAUUUGAUGUUUUUGGUUCAAAAAGCUUUCAUAUUUUUUAUAUUCAACCACGAGUUUUGGGUUCUGUUCUUAAUCAUUCAUAUUUUUAACAAAUAUAUUUUUGGCUAGUUUGUAAUUGCGAAAUUUAGAUUUUAAGAUGAAAAUGUGUGUAGGUCUUACACGUAACUGAGCUUGAUUCCAACCUUACAAAAAUGUAUCAAACCAAAGUACUGUAAGCAGCACACAACCUUCGAUAUAAGAAUGGUAUAAUGAUAUAAGUUAUUAUACUUCAAAACCCUAAAUUUUUGCCAAAAAAAAUUAAAAUUUAAAUACAUUUCUAAUUGUAUUUAAAAAUUGUUUUGUAAAUGUCUGUGAAUAAAAGCUUAUUAACUAAUAUUUUGUGCCCACGAACAAGGUGUAAAAUAAAUGAAAUUAUUUUAAUAUAUACAUAUAUAUAAUUGUAAUCAAGAUACUAUACUAUUUUGUACCACUUUGUAAUACAGUUUUACGAUAGAUCCAAAUAUAAUAUAGGUGUCUGCAAUAUAUACAUGUAUUAUAAUCCAACUUGUAUUUAUAAUUAGUUCAUUUUGAGGAAAUAAAGAAAUUAUACACAGGA